AUGUCUCCAGAUUCGGAAUUUGAGUACCAUUUAAGCCUUCUGAAACACAACGAUGAGACCGAGCAGGUUGAUGACGCUUCUGUGUCUCCUGUUUUUACCGGCCCAGUUCUCGAUCUACCAGGUGAAGGCCCAUCCCAGUAUGGCUUGCUUGGGGGUAUCAAAGAAAUAGCGACUAUUGGAUUUCCAAGUUUGGAUGACGAAAUCCUGGAGAAAGAUCCCCGGCUGUUUUUCAACGUGGCCUCCCCCUCAAGCACCUUUAUAUGCGGCUCUCAGGGGUCGGGGAAGAGUCAUACGCUCUCCUGCUUACUUGAAGGCUGCCUCAUAUCUUCUCAAGCUGGCAGGCUUUUGAACCCUCUGUCAGCGAUUGUUUUCCACUAUGAAACUUUCAUCAGUGACCGUAAUGGUUCGCCUUGUGAGGCAGCCUUUCUCUCUUCCAAUCUCAGCAUUGAAGUUCGCGUUCUCUGUGCUCCAACAAACCUCCACACCAUAAAGGAAUCCUACUCUAGGCUCAAGAACAUCAAAGUGGAGGCUUUACAAAUCGACCAAGCCAACCUUAAUACCAAGCGUAUGAUGGAUCUCAUGGCAGUAGGCAACAAUGAUGGAGCUAUGCCACUGUACAUGCAUACUGUCCAGCGAGUGUUACGGGAGAUGCGUGAGCUACAGCAGUCUACAGGAUCCCAGUUCGACUACGCCAACUUUAGGCGGCAAAUCCUCGACUCUGGUCUUCUUCCAAGUCAACUUGAACCAUUGAAGCAAAGACUUCACACCCUUGAGAGUUUUAUGCCCCUGCAACAGGUUAACCUGGGCAAUACAUUCAGUACCAAGAAAUCAAAUCCCAAGGUUACAGGUUCGAGCUGGAGACCAAAGGCAUCGCAAUUGACGAUCGUCGACCUCUCCUGUCCUUGUAUCUCCCCAGAUACUGCUUGUUCCCUCUUCAACGUCUGUUUCGGCAUCUUCAUGGAACAGGAAGCAAAUAUUGGCAGGGUAGUUGCACUUGAUGAGGCCCACAAAUACAUGAAAGAUUCAGUCGAAGCUCAAAGCUUCACUGAAACUCUGCUUUCGACUGUCAGAUUGCAACGCCAUCUCGGAGCCCGGAUUUUCGUCUCCACCCAAGAGCCCACCAUCUCCAGCGACCUGCUAAGCCUUUGCUCCAUCACAAUUGUGCACCGAUUUUCAUCGCCAGCAUGGCUACAUGCACUUCAAGGCCACAUCGCCGCGGCCGCCUUCGGUGCGCAAUCGAAAAAAGACCCCUCAGAAGAUGGCGAGGUAACUAGCAAAUACGCAUUGUUCCAUAAGAUCGUUCGUCUACGUGUAGGCGAAGCCUUGCUGUUUUGCCCGAGCGCGGUAUCUGGCAUUGCUGCCAAAGGUUCUGAGCCUCAAAGGUUGGGUACAUUGGGUGGCGGGUACAUGGUAAUCAAAGUUCGCAAUAGGCUUACGGAGGAUGGUGGGAAAAGCGUCAUGUCUUCUUGA